GUCGUAAAUGGUCGUAAAUCCCGUUUUCAGGAGCUGAUUUAAUGCCGCGCAUGCGCAGUUGUUUUUUAGCGGUUCGACCUCUGUAGCCGAGACAUACCCAGGUUACUAGUUGAUCAUACCAGUCCACAUUAAACAAAUAUGUACGCCUGUGCGAAGUUUGUCUCUACGCCGUCACUGAUCCGUGCUGGAUCCCGGGCUUUAUGCAGACCUCUCUCUGCAUCUGUGCUUUCCCGGCCAGAUGUCAAAACAGUGGAGGCUAGCACUGCCCUUCUGCCACAGAGCAAUUUUUCCCAGGUAGCACUUCGAGGUUUCCAGACUGGUGCUGUAAGCAGAGACAUUGACACAGCAGCCAAGUUCAUCGGUGCCGGAGCUGCCACAGUUGGUGUGGCUGGUUCUGGUGCUGGAAUCGGGACUGUGUUCGGCAGCCUUAUCAUCGGUUAUGCAAGAAACCCCUCCCUAAAGCAGCAGCUGUUCUCUUAUGCUAUCCUGGGAUUUGCCCUGUCUGAAGCCAUGGGACUUUUCUGCUUGAUGGUUGCUUUCCUGAUCCUGUUCGCCAUGUAAAUAUGUCCGCUGUAGAUUCAUUCUGAAUCUAUAGCUGUGAUGACCUAUUUUACUCUGGCUAGCAAAAUUGUUCUGUAUCGAUGUCAUGAUGUACAUUUUCCAAGUUUUUGUUGAAAGCGUGUAUUGUAAUAAUGUAACCUAUUACACAAGUAAAAUACAUGUUUCACUACUUCAACUGUA